AGCAGCCCUCAAUCCGUGAAGCUCUUGCAAUCCGUAUCCAUUUUGGCUCAAGGCAGUACUCGCAGUAAGUUUGUUGGCGCCAGCGGCAGCGCGAUCCUUCCAGGUCUUAUUGCGCAACCUAAUUCUCAUCGCGUGUCGCUGACGAGCCAUGGGAAGUGUCCUCGGCAAGUGUUGCAAGUUCCUUGGGUCGGCCACGGAGUCGACGCAGCAGGGGCCCACGGCAGACCCAACCGGUCCCGCAGCAGACGCUGCUGCAAUUGUGGCUGAUCACGCAGGGAUUUCCGACCCGUCCGAGAUCACAUGGGAGGUGGCCACGAAGAUGAAGGAGUGCCUGGAGGAUUACCCCAACAUCAUCCAGUUUGACAGCUCCACGCUGCAAGCGUCUGUCAAUGUGGUUGCAGAUGUUCUCCAGGGAGCGAACCUACGCAUCAGCCUCGCGGCCCCGAUCGAGCUGGUCUGCCGGGCCGUGGCGAACACCGCCAUCAAGGUGACUGACGGCACGGACGUCGGAGAGGUUCUGAGCAAAGUUAUGCAGAGCCAGCAGAACAUUAUCCAGAGAGACGUCGAGGCCUUGCGCGAGAUGCAUCUGAAGAGUGCCAUGGACGAGAUCGAGAUGCUGGCCGCAAUGAGCAAGACGUUGGUGGAGCUCAAGGCGGAAGGGUCCUCAAAAUUUGAGAAUGAGCUCACGUUCUACGUUCAGAGAGCGCUCUCGGCAGAAGGGCACGCGAGGGACGCGUUCAACGUUGCAGAGGGUAAGCUGGACGAGAAGGUCCGCGCAACGACGCUGAUGGCGUCGGCGAUGAUGGCUCAGACCUUGGACCCGAAGCGGGAGAGUCGAGUCAUCGCCGACCAGCUGACCCAUGCCCUGAAGAAGCUCUUCAACGACGAGGACAUGCAGGUGCUGAUCGGCCAGGAGUGCGGGUCAUGGAACAAGGUGCUGUGCUUCAGGGAGAGGCGGCAGCGUCGCCUCCGGGAAGCUUUCCAAUGCCUGGUCCACGUCGAGGGAUGGAUCGCGCAGCACGCUCCGGGGCGGCAAACCGUCCUGAGCAGCUUGGACAAGCCCUUUGACAUGAAUCGCAUCGUCCAGCAUGGCAUCCUCGACCCGCAGGGCAGCACAGUGGGCGCACUCGCUCGCCUGGCCGGCGGGGAGGAGUACAGCGACAUGGAGCUCGGCAUAUUGCAGAGCUACUGCGGGCAAAGGCCGAAGAAGCAGGCGGCGACAGCUCUCUCGAGCCAGGACGGCGUCCUCUCGAACUCCUGCGACUGCACCCUGAAGCUGUGGGAGCUCUCCACGGGGAGGUGCCUCCGGACCCUCGAGGGCCACACGAACGGUGAUGUGCCGUCACGGCGCUGGGCGGAGGACGGCGCCCUCUCGGGCUCCUGCGACAAGACCCUGAAGCUGUGGGAGCUCUCCACGGGGAGGUGCCUCCGGACCCUCGAGGGCCACACGAAUACGGUGAUGUGCGUCACGGCGCUGGGCGAGGACGGCGCCCUCUCGGGCUCCUGCGACAAGACCCUGAAGCUGUGGGAGCUCUCCACGGGGAGGUGCCUCCGGACCCUCGAGGGCCACACGAAUACGGUGAUGUGCGUCACGGCGCUGGGCGAGGACGGCGCCCUCUCGGGCUCCUGCGACAAGACCCUGAAGCUGUGGGAGCUCUCCACGGGGAGGUGCCUCCGGACCCUCGAGGGCCACACGAAUACGGUGAUGUGCGUCACGGCGCUGGGCGAGGACGGCGCCCUCUCGGGCUCCCACGACAAGACCCUGAAGCUGUGGGAGCUCUCCACGGGGAGGUGCCUCCGGACCCUCGAGGGCCACACGGACGCGGUGAUGUGCGUCACGGCGCUGGGCGAGGACGGCGCCCUCUCGGGCUCCUGGGACAAGACCCUGAAGCUGUGGGAGCCCUCCACGGGGAGGUGCCUCCGGACCCUCGAGGGCCACACGGACGCGGUGAGGUGCGUCACCGCGCUGGGCUGGUUCCUGGCACGCGACGCGUAGGGACGGAUCCUUGAUCCGCCGCCGCUUUUUCGUGAGCUCCGCCGUCGCGCCCUGGCGGUGCGUUUUUUCCCCCCUGACCACCUCGGCCAGGGUGCUUCUGGCUGUAACCCUCUAGCCGGACUCCCACGUCGAGGACUCUUGGGAGGGAACAUUUUGAGUGAAUUGAUUUAUUGCAUUGUGGCUGCGUUGCCGUGACGUCGGCAAUUUCAUCCUGGGCAGUACGUAAUGUUGCACGGUGCGUGAGGCAUAGUGUAGCGCGGUAUUGCGCAUACAGGAA